CCUGAGGGUCGACUCCGUCUCCACUGCUUCCCGGUGCCAGGCAAGUUGUUGCCAGAGCCUGCCUGCCAGUCCUGCCAGCGGCUAGCCCAAGACCCAGCACUGAGAGUAAGUGCUGGAGCCCAAGUUUUCCCCACACCGCUAGACACAACAUCUGCCCUGCCUGGACAACCUCCGCUCCCGCCAACCGCCCUGGAGCUGCUAAAAGAUGUCCACCUGGGCCUUGCCCCACCCGGCCGUGGCCCCGUUCGCUUGGCCAUCCUUCCGGGCCACUACCUCUACUAUCACUACGGCUGCGACGGCCUGGACGACCGGGGCUGGGGCUGCGGAUACCGCACUCUACAAACGCUAUGCUCAUGGCCAAACGGCCAAGCUGCGGGUGUACCCGGGUUGGUGGACGUGCAGGCGGCACUGGAGGACAUGGGCGACAAGCCCCCUGGGUUUCGGGGCUCCCGGAGCUGGAUCGGCUGCGUAGAGGCCAGUCUCUGUCUCGACUACUUUGGAGGGCCCCAGGGGCGCCUGCGCCACGUUCCUCGUGGAGCUGGGCUUCGGGGGGAACUGGAGAGGCUUUACUCCCACUUUACAGUAGGUGGGGGGCCUGUAAUGGUUGGGGGAGAUGCAGAUGCGCGGUCCAAAGCCUUGCUAGGAGUCUGCCUGGGGCCAGGCACCGAAGCCUACGUCCUAGUAUUGGACCCUCACUGCUGGGGUGCUCCAAAAACCCCCAGUCAACUACAGGCUGCUGGGUGGGUCAGCUGGCAGGAGGUGAACACAACUUUUGACCCCAACUCCUUCUACAACUUGUGUUGGACCAGCCAUAACUCUGAAAAAGAACAGCUGCACGCCCAGAACUGAGACUCUUGUCCCAGAACUGAGACUAUUCCCGCACACCCACCUACCUACUCUCAAAAGGCAGAGGCUUAGACACUGCCCAAUGUUAGGCCCCCAGGAAGCCCCAGUAGAGCCUGGGACCACUGGCAUCAAUAAAAUGGCAAGGCCC